UCAGUGUAUAGUUUAGUACUUAGGUAACUAUUUAGUUCCUUUAGAAACCAUUAGCAAACAUUGUUGUGAAAUGGAGUUGAAUCUGAUCUACAACCCAGAUUUAUUUGUUCUAGAUGAAAAAUAUUUAUUUAAUCUAAUGACAAUCAGAAGAGCAUUUUCCAAAGCUUAUGCAUCAUACAGACAGGCCAUGGAUGAUGCAUUUAGUCGUAAAUAUCUGUUUUACACCAAUGUUUUGCUAUCAACUGGUAUAUCUACUAUGGGAGAUUUAAUGGAGCAAAAUUAUGAGAUUCACACUAAAGAAAUUGAAAAGAUUGAUUUAGGGCGCACAUCUCAUAUGGCACUGUCAGGAGGUACUGCAGGCAUUAUUUGCCACCAUUGGUAUAAAGUACUCGAUAGAUUUAUAAUUGGCAGAUCUUUAGGUGAAAUGCAUACACUAAUUAUGUCUUGGAGAAAGUUAACAUCUAAUGUAAAAAACUGGGGAUACCUAAAGCGUGUAAGAAGAGUAGUUAAGGUGGCCUUUACUGACAAAUAUUUAUUAUAUACCAAUGUUACCAUUUCUGUCAGCCUGUCAGCAUUAGGAGAUUCAUUAGAACAAUCUUAUGAACUAUAUGUAAAAGAGCAGAAAGAGUAUGAUGCAAAAAGGACAUUAAAUAUGGCUUUCUCUGGCUCAGCAGUGGGGGUUCUAUGUCAUUAUUGGUAUAAAAUAUUAGAUAAAUUCAUUGUUGGCAAAACAGCCGACAUGGUUAUAAAGAAAUUAUUACUAGAUCAAUUAAUAUUUUCACCCAUUAUGAUUAUGACGUUUUUUGGGAGUCUAGCAUUGCUCGAAGAUAACCCAUUACAAAAUUUCAAAGAGGAAGUGAGGGACAAAUUUCUCACACUUUAUACUGCAGAGUGGAUGGUAUGGCCACCGGCACAAGUGAUUAAUUUCUAUUUUUUACCAACUAGGUAUAGAGUACUCUAUGACAAUAUUAUAUCUUUGGGUUAUGAUAUUUAUUCUUCACAAGUGAAACAUAAUAAAUCUCUGAAGACCAUGACCAAACAAUCAGAAAAUGGCAAGAAGUCAUCCUAACCAAAUCUUUGUAUAUAGGUAUAUUUAUUAGUAAGCAUCCAUUGUGAGGAGGACAACUGCUAAAAUACAUACA